AGUAAGUGAAAGAAAGUAAGCUUCAGAAAUAGCUACUAUUCUAUGUUUAGAUUAGAUAGCAAAACACUUGGAGCAAUGACGACAUUAUGUACAGACUCGUGUGGGGCUAAAAGCCCAGACCAUUUGGAUCAAGGUGAACAUUAUUCUUUUGUCCAUAUGUAAGGUUUUUUUCCCUGCUAUGUUUGUCGAUGCGAAGGUUUCGAAUGAACCAAAGUUUCCAUAGAACCAUUUCCCCCAAUUGGACAGUAUAAAAGGAACAUUGUCGGAGCAGAGGGUAUAUCAUUUCACAGUUGAAAUAUCCAAGAUGAAGUUGUCUCUAGCUCUUUUCGGCCUGGCUUUGGUGAUUUAUGUGUCCCAAGUGAACGCUGCAGACAGCUCAACCUCGACAUCGAGCUCUGCCUUAAGCACAACGGAUGCGGCGACCGCCACCACCACCACCACGGAGGCGACUACAAGCACAACGGAAUCCUCGACCUCAUCCUCCUCCUCCUCAUCCUCGGGAGGUGGCAAGAAGAUUGUUCGCGUCACCAAUCUCAAGUACACCGUCAAGAGGAAGAUACGACUCGGAUCUGGCAGCUCCAGCACAUCCAGCUCCAGGAGUGGCCGCACGAGUGGUCGCAAGGCACGCGUGAAUGCUCGGAAGGGCAGUAGAUCGAACCGUAGGAAUCUUCGGGCCAAAAGCAAGAAAGUCCGCGUUGUCCGUGGCUAGGUUAUGAUGGGCAAAAAUCUCCAUUAAACUUUUG